CACAUUCAGUAUGGCGGCGACGCCAGUCCGCAGAGGCGAUUGAGCAGGUCGCUAGUGGCGCGUUCCACUCCAGUCAUGGCGGCCCGCCGACCGGUCGCGGGCAGCGGGGCUCUGGCAACGUGCGGUCUGGAGAGCAUUCUGGAGGCGCUGAAGCUUCUGCUGAGCCCGGGAGCAUCGGAUUCAGGUUCACUACAGAUCACAAAACAUGAUGUCCUGUUGGCUACUUUAAGCUCCAACCUGUCUGCUUUGGAGGACAAAUUGCUGAAGGAUCCUCACUGGAAGAAACUGAAACUCCUAAGGGAUGAAAUUGCUAAUAAGGCAGAAUGGCCACAAAACUCUGUGGAUGUCACCUGGAGUUUUACCUCUCAAACUUUGUUGUUGCUGUUGUGCUUGAAGGAAACCAUGAUCCACCUUGCAGCUGACUUCAGUCCGGGCAAACCCAGCCUGAGGACUCCGGAAGCCGCUCCUGCCCUGAGCCCAGAUACACUUAGCAUCUCACAGCAGAAGACUGUCCAGUCCGUGUUGCAGUUUGUAGUCACCUUCGGUGUCUGCCCGUAUCUCGUGCCUGGUGUGGGAGUCCCUUUGAGAUGCAGGACCGCGUUUGGUGCCGUUGUUCAGGAUGUGGUGUGUCUGAGCGCUCCUCCCGAUGCGACCCGGAGACUCUACACCAGCUGCAGGAUUCUUCUGAACAUUGCGCAUCACACUUCCCUGGGGAGCUUGAUUUUCUGCCGCCAUUUUGGGGAUAUUGCAGCAGGUCUGUGUCAGCUGGGAUUCUGCCCCACCAAGAGAAAACCGCUAAAACCUGAGGAAGAGGUUUUAACAGAAGAGGAAAGAACCUUUUCUAGGGAGGCCUUGAGAGACAUCUUGGAUCAAGUGUAUCAACCCUUAGCAGUCCGAGAAUUACUUAUCCUCCAGGGAGGACCACCCCAGUCCUGCACAGAUGAAAAGACACAAGUUAGGUGUCGGGCCCCAGCUUGGCUUCGGCGUCUAUGUGGGCAGCUGCUCUCCGAAAGGUUGAUGAAACCCAGUGGUGUUCAGGCAGUAGUCCGGGGCAUUCUGGAAGGAGCAGGUGCUGGGGCGGCUGGCGGGAGUGAUGCAGAGGCAAUGGCUGCUGACUGGAAGAAGUGUGACUUGAUUGCAAAGAUCCUGGCCUCUUGUCCCCAGCAGUCUCUUUCACCAGAGGAUUACUAUCGAGAUAUCUGCCCCCAGAUUCUAGAUUUAUUUCACUUUCAAGAUAAAUUGACAGCGCGACAGUUUCAGAGAGUUGCCACCACUACCUUUAUAACCAUGUCGAGAGAACGCCCACAAUUGGCUUCGAAGUAUUUGCUUGAACCGGUGCUAGCCCCCCUCCACCGAUGUUUAAACACCGCAGAGAUUCCAGAGAGUGACAUGGCUCCAGGGACCAUUUUGGUAACAGAAGAGGAACUUAGUAGAUGUAUUGAGGAUGUAUUUAAGGUGUACGUGGUCGGGAACGAACCUUUGACGGUUUUAGUGGACUCCCUGCUUCCAGUCUUGGGUGUGCUCUUUUCUCUAUACUGUUUCACCAAGCAAAGCGUGUCUCAUAUAAGGUCACUUUGCCAAGAGAUCUUAUUAUGGAUUCUGGGGAAGCUAGAGAGGAAGAAGGCAAUUGCCAGCCUGAAAGGAUUUGCAGGAUUGGACAAAUCUGUGUCCUCUCUUCCUUCUCUGUGUCAGUUUAGAGCGGCCGCUCAAGGUGGCAUCAUGAUUACCAUCAAAGAGACCGUUUGUGAUGAAGAUGAGGAUGAAGCCUUGUACCAGAAGGUGUCCUCAGAGCAGUGCCGGGUUGAGCACCUUGGGGACUUGUUAUCCCACUGCCAGGAGUGUGGUUUGGCAGGUGACUUCUUCAUCUUCUGCUUGCAGGAACUGACUCAUGUGGCCAUGGAAAAUGAGACAGAGUUAAAAACAAAACCCUUCUCCAGCAAAAGCGUCUUGGAGUUAGAGCAGCACCAAACUCUUGUGGAAGGCCAGGGCCAGAAGCUGCUGGUUCUACAGCUGUUGGCCAUUCUGUGCGAGAGGAUGUCUGAGCAGAUAUUCACAAAUAUCACUCAGGUUGUGGACUUUGUUGCAGCAACCCUGCAGCGAGCAUGUGCAAGCUUGGCCCACCAGGCAGAGAGCACCGUGGAAUCGCAGACGCUGAGCAUGUCCAUGGGGCUGGUGGCUGUCAUGCUGGGAGGAGCUGUUCAGUUGAAGUCAGGUGAUUUCGCUGUCCUGAAGCAAUUGCUGCCUUUGUUGGAGAAGGUCUCCAAUGUGUACCCUGACCCUGUCAUCCAAGAGCUCGCUGCCGAUCUCCGCAUCACCAUCUCGACCCAUGGGGCGUUUUCCACCGAUGCUGUCAGUGUGGCUGCCCAAAGUACCCUGAACAGAAAGGAUCCAGAAGGGAAAAUAGAAGAACAGCAACAAACCAGUCAUGAAAAGAACAGUAAUGGGUCUGACCUCGAACAACAGCAAAGCCGGGAGAAAUCCAGGCAAAUGGGCCUGAAAUCUCACACUCCACCCAUUGCUCAGGAGGUCAGUGCGUCCAGAACUACUACAAACCACAAGUCUGGAAGCAUCACCACAGACCAGCUCCAGGAGGUUAUUUUAUCGGCUUAUGAUCCUCAGAUUCCAACGCGGGCUGCUGCCCUGCGAACUCUUUCCUGCUGGAUAGAGCAGAGAGAAGCAAAAGCCCUUGAGAUGCAAGAGAAGCUUCUCAAGAUAUUCUUGGAGAACUUGGAGCAUGAAGACACCUUUGUAUAUCUGUCUGCUAUUCAGGGGGUUGCCUUGCUCUCAGAUGUGUACCCUGAGAAAAUCUUGCUUGGCCUGUUGGCUCAGUAUGACGGUGGUAAAGACAAGCACACGCCAGAGACCAGAAUGAAAGUCGGGGAAGUCCUGAUGCGAGUUGUCAGGGCAUUAGGGGACAUGGUCUCAAAGUACAGAGAACCUUUGAUCCACACAUUCCUGAGGGGGGCAAGAGAUCCAGAUAGUGCUCACAGGGCCAGCAGCUUAUCUAACCUUGGAGAACUGUGCCAGAGGCUGGACUUUCUGCUGGGCUCUGUGGUUCAUGAGGUAACAGCUUGCCUGAUUGCUGUGGCUAAAACAGACCAUGAAGUUCAAGUGCGCAGAGCUGCCAUCCACGUGAUCGUGCUGCUGUUUCGGGGCCUCAGCCAGAAAGCUACUGAGGUGCUGAGGGAUGUCCUUAAGGAUCUCUACCACCUGCUGAAACACGUGGUGCGUUUGGAGCCCGAUGAUGUGGCCAAGCUCCAUGCCCAGCUGGCCCUUGAAGAGCUGGAUGAGAUCAUGAGAAACUUCCUCUUUCCACCACAGAAGCUGGAGAAAAAGAUUGUGGUCCUGCCCUAGACCUGGCUCUAAGGACAUCAAGGAGGUAGAGGACCAAGAGCAGUGCCCAGUCCUUCCAGCAGGUGGCCCCACUGCCUCUUUGGUGCUGGCAAUAUGGCUGACCCUGGAUGGCUUUAUGUGUCUGGUCAUUUGUGCCUUCAGGCUGACCUUCCUAAAGCAUCUAUUUAGCAUCCUGCAUCCAGCCUGAAGCAUGUGUCAUUAGAAGACAAAAGAUUACAAAUCUCAUUUAUCUGCACAUUUUUCACUGGCCUGGAGCAUUUAGAGAAGGAAGUCUACUUGAUGGAAAUAUAUAUAUAUAUAUAUAUAUAUAUAUAUAUAUAUAUAUAUAUAUAUUUCGAUGGAAGUACAUUUUUAACACAACUGGUAGAAUUUGAUUAAUUGACCAUUCUCUUAUUGUGACUUGAACAGAAGAGGUUGACCACCCUCCUGAGUGGCACAUGUGUCAUAUAUCUUGACAUUCUUUCAUAGAGAGAUUGUUCUUCCUUGUGAUAAUGAGGAGCAGCCAGAGCUACUCAUCCUUGGCUACUCAAGAGGCUUAUCAGAGUAUAGAGAUGCAGUUGGAGGUAGGGAGGGGAAGGAAACUGUUAUCAAAACAUGCAAAAUGGAAUAAAAUUAUUUUGGCUGGAAAGAAUAAUAGGUCUGAAUCUGGUCUUCGGCUAUUGGGAUGAAAAGCUGUGGCACUGAGGAGGAUUUGCACUCCAGAGAAGAGAGUCAAGCUUGUUGAAUCUUCCAGAGAUGAAGAGAGGCCUGUGUUUGUCCUCCCGGGCCAUUUUCUUAGCUCCCCCUGCUGCUAUUUGCACGAAAGGGCCCUGAUUAUAGAAGAGAGCCAUAAACAUCUCAGAUGAGAGAGUUUAUAUAUAGCAUUUGGUCGCUCUGCUCCUUCAGGAAGGAAUGCUUAGACAAUGGGUUAAUUAAAUGUGUGCUGGAAAGCGUGUAGCAUACUGGUGACCUCAAGCAAGGUUUAUUGAAAUCCUAUCAGAUGUAGCACUGUGGGCUCCUCUUUAUUUAUGUAUUCCGGCCACUGAAUUUUGAUUGCAGCUAAAAGAGAAGAGAAAAAGGAGAGAUUGGCUGAGUGCUUCGGAUGAGCCCUCCCUGUUGUCAACACCUCAGCAAGGCUAACCCAGAGCUCCUUGACCAGUCCUCAGCUUUCGGGGCUAGGUACAGGAUUUUAUCUCCACUCUCUGGGGUGAUCAGGCCUAGGGCAACCAAAACACAAUUUCCCAAAACUCUUAGGUGACUGAAGGCGCCGUGUAUGAGCGUGCCCAUUUGCCAAUUAACAGGACAUUUCUCUCCAGCAGGAUUACAGACGUGGUUCUUAGCUUAGAACCCUUGUGGCAUGCAUUCCUUUACAGAGGCUGUCUUAUAGUUAGAUGUGGAUCACGAGUUAGCUUAGUAAGCAAAGAAUUAGAACAAAGGCAAUUAGAUGCUUUUAGGGAAUAUUUCCAUUCAGCUAGUGUAGCUGGAUUUGUCUCCAUUCUCCAAAUUAGGAUGUCUGGAGAAUCAGGAUUGGGGUUUCAAACCAGAGAACAAUCUCCUUUGAACCAGCUGGAUAUAUCCUAAAAAUUCUUGUUUCUUGGCCUUCCUUGAACCACACUCCAUACAACCUACUUCAGAUCAUCAGAUUGGAUAUGUUAGAUGAUUGAAUUCACUUACAACUUCAUUUGCAUUAAAUGCGUUCCAGUUCUGAAGAUAUAUCCUAACUGAUCACCUUGAUUAGACUGAGAAACUCUAGUCUCAAAACCUGAACUCCUAAGGAGUGUCUCACCAAGCAUUCCAGUCCCUGUAUCUCCAUUUAUAAAUUGCCUCUUAAUUUGAAUUAUUUGGCAAGUAGCUAAAAGCAUCUGUUCUUUAUUGAUUUUGAUGGAUUCCAUUUCAGAGAGUGACUUUUUCUGACCUUGUUACCAAAUUCAAGGGAAAGACACUGUAAUGUAACCCUCCUAAACAUGACCAAAUAUUAAAAAUUUCCGAAUGUA